AAUCUGAAUGAAUUACUAAUUCAAAUUAUUUUUACAAACACACCCUUACAUCAUCAUUAUAUAAUAUUUUGAUUAAAGUUUCAUGACUCAGUGACAGGCAUGCUAUAGUUCCCUUUAUACUGCACAAAAACACUUCUUUCUCAUUUCUUUUCUUUCCACCCUCACUUACUCUGACACAACAUUUUUUGAGUGAAUAAGAUUCUACCAUGGAAACAACAAACCAUAAUGUUUCUUUUCUUUUUCUUUUCUUCUUUUCAACAUCAAAUCAAAUUUAAGAAACAACUUCCAUUUCAAAACAGUUAAACAUUUUCAACAACAUCAUCAUCAUCAUCAUUAUCAGUUAAACAGUCUUAAAUUAGUACUAUAUUGUUUAUUCUGUUCUGUUUCUUCUAAAUUCCAAUUCAAAAUGAUUAAACCAAGAGAAAAAACUCUUCUUUGUUUUGCAUUUUUCUUCUUUUGGAGUAGUUUUUCAUGUUCAAAUGCUUUGCUUUCUUCUAAAGGAGUAAACUUUGAAGUGCAAGCUUUAAUGGGUAUAAAAGACUCUUUGGUAGAUCCUCAUGGUGUUCUUGAUAAUUGGGAUGGUGAUGCAGUUGAUCCAUGUAGUUGGACUAUGGUUACUUGUUCUAAUGAAAACCUUGUCAUUGGAUUGGGCACUCCUAGUCAAAGUUUAUCAGGUACUUUAUCUCCAAGCAUAGGGAAUUUAACCAAUCUUCAGAUUGUGUUGCUACAGAAUAACAACAUAACUGGAUCAAUCCCUUCAGAAUUAGGAAAACUCCCUAAGCUUCAAACUCUUGAUCUCUCUAAUAAUUUCUUCAGUGGUGAUAUUCCUCCUUCUCUUGGUCACUUAAGAAGCCUUCAAUACUUGAGGCUCAAUAAUAAUAGUCUUGUUGGUGAAUGUCCAGAAUCACUUGCUAACAUGACACAACUUGCUUUUCUUGAUUUGUCCUACAACAAUCUUAGUGGACCAGUCCCAAGAAUUUUGGCCAAAUCAUUCAGCAUUGUUGGUAAUCCUCUUGUUUGUGCUACUGGAAAUGAACCAAAUUGUCAUGGGAUGACACUGAUGCCAAUUUCCAUGAACUUAAACAAUACUCAAGAUGCUUUACCAUCAGGCAAACCAAAAAGUCAUAAAAUGGCUAUAGUCUUUGGUUUGAGUCUUGGAUGUCUCUGCUUGAUAGUUGUUGGUUUUGGAUUUGUUCUUUGGUGGAGACACAAGCAUAAUCAACAAGCAUUCUUUGAUGUCAAAGAUCGGCAUCACGAAGAAGUUUACCUUGGAAACUUGAAGAGGUUUCCAUUCAGAGAACUUCAGAUUGCUACAAAUAACUUCAGCAGCAAAAACUUAGUUGGAAAAGGUGGUUUUGGAAAUGUCUACAAAGGAAUUCUUUCAGAUGGAACUGUUGUAGCUGUAAAGAGGCUUAAAGAUGGAAAUGCAGUUGGAGGAGAGAUUCAAUUUCAGACUGAAGUUGAAAUGAUUAGCUUAGCAGUGCAUAGAAAUCUCCUUAGACUUUAUGGAUUUUGCAUGACAUCUAAUGAAAGGCUUUUAGUUUAUCCUUACAUGUGCAACGGAAGUGUUGCGUCUCGUUUGAAGGGUAAACCAGUCUUGGAUUGGGGAACAAGGAAGAACAUUGCAUUAGGAGCAGCAAGGGGACUACUCUACCUUCAUGAACAAUGUGAUCCAAAGAUAAUUCAUAGAGAUGUGAAAGCUGCAAAUAUAUUGCUUGAUAACUAUUGUGAAGCUGUUGUUGGAGAUUUUGGUUUGGCAAAGCUUUUGGAUCAUCAAGAUUCACAUGUCACAACUGCAGUGAGAGGAACUGUAGGACAUAUUGCACCAGAAUAUCUUUCCACAGGACAAUCCUCUGAGAAAACUGAUGUGUUUGGAUUUGGUAUUCUUCUUCUUGAAUUAAUCACUGGUCAAAGAGCCUUGGAAUUUGGAAAAGCUGCUAACCAAAAAGGAGCCAUGCUUGAUUGGGUGAAGAAAAUUCAUCAAGAAAAGAAACUUGAAUUACUAGUAGACAAAGAUCUAAAAAGCAACUAUGACAAAAUUGAGCUUGAAGAAAUGGUUCAAGUAGCACUCUUAUGUACUCAAUACCUUCCAAGUCAUAGACCUAAAAUGUCUGAAGUUGUAAGAAUGCUUGAAGGUGAUGGAUUAGCUGAGAGAUGGGAAGCAUCUCAAAGAACUGACACUUCAAAAUUCAAACACCAUGAACCAUCUUUAUCAGAUAGAUAUUCUGAUCUUACUGAUGAUUCUGUGUUAUUAGUACAAGCUAUGGAGCUUUCAGGACCAAGGUGAAUUGUUGGAGUCAAUUUAAUUAUUUUUUUUUAUAUAUUAAAGUUUUCUAAAGAGUGAAUAUGAAAUUAAGAGUUGAUUUAAAUAUAUUUUUGGUCCUUGUAAAUAUAAUAUUUUUUUUUGUUUUAAUCGGUGUGUAAAAACUUUUUUUUUUCUUUUUAGUUUCUACAAAUAUAUCAGUUUUUGUUUUGAUUUCUGUAGUUUUAGUCCUUGUAAACUUAUUUAUAUUAGAAUUGGCUCAUGUAAUA